AUUGUUCAGUCCGCCCGGUGACGGAAUAUCCCACUGACCGACCGCUCGACGUCCUAAAACUUUCUACCUUUGCCGAACAUCUUGGGCUGGUGGGUGUUCCGGACCGAAGUCAAAAUGAGUUCGAAAAUUGCCAAGACCUGUCAAUGCGACGUAGAUUCAGAAUGUUUUUGCGAGAUCGAGGCUUUUGUCAAGGGCUUCAAAUUGUCGACCUUGACCUACAAGCGCGUGAUGCAUUUACUGAAUCAGGAGAUGAACAAUGGCUUGAAGGAACAUACACACCAUGUGGCGGACAUCAAGAUGUUCCCGACAUUCGUCAGAUCGCUCCCGGAUGGCUCAGAAAAUGGAGAUUUUCUUGCCCUUGACCUUGGCGGUACGAACUUCCGGGUGCUGCUGGUGAAGCUGAACAAGGGAGAUGUGGACAUCCAGAGCAAGACCUACCUUAUCCCUCAGAGAAUCAUGCUCGGGACAGGACAACAGUUGUUCGAUCACAUCGCUGACUGUAUCGGGAAGUUUGUUCGGGAUCACGACCUGGUCGGACAGAAACUACCCUUGGGAUUCACAUUCUCCUUCCCAUGCAGACAGGAAGGACUUGCCAAAGCGAGGCUUUCAAAAUGGACGAAGGGCUUCCGAUGUGAGGGUGUUGUGGGUGAAGACAUAUGCCAUCUGCUACACGAAGCGCUCCGGCGCAGAACGAAUUGUGACGUAGAGAUCGUCGCUAUCGUCAACGAUGCCGUGGGAACGCUGAUGUCAGCUGCGCACACAGACAGAGACUGCGAAAUCGGACUUAUUCUGGGAACCGGAUGUAACGCUUGCUAUAUGGAGAAACUGGACAAUGUUGGAUUGUGGGACGGGGACUACACCCAUCCCGAACAGGUUAUUAUCAAUACGGAAUGGGGAGCCUUUGGAGAUAAUGGGUGCCUAGACUUCCUGCGGACUGAAUACGAUCGAGAGUUGGACACUUUCUCCAUCAACCCUGGCAAACAAGUAUUAGAGAAGAUGAUCUCCGGUAUGUACAUGGGAGAGAUAGUCAGACUCGUCCUUGAGCGUCUCGCCAUGGAAGGCCUCAUCUUUCGCGGUGCAGACAGAGAUUGCUAUCUGUUCGAGAGAGGAAAAUUCUACACCAAAUACGUCUCUGAAAUCGAAAGCGACCAUGACGAAUUUUUCCGCAACACUAAGCAGGUCCUUGACGAGAUUGGUGUUGAGAAUUACACCACAGAAGACUGUAAGAUUGUUAAGUACGUCUGCACCCUCAUCUCAGCAAGAGCUGCAUUCCUUUCAGCUGCUGGGUUGUCCACUCUGAUCAACAAGAAGAACAAAGGUGACAUGACCAUCGCAGUAGACGGGUCCCUGUACCGCUUCCACCCCCGCUUCCACAACCUAAUGAGCCUCAAGAUGCAGGAGCUCGUCAAACCAGGGCUCAAGUUCCGACUUCAACUAUCUCACGACGGAUCAGGAAAGGGUGCCGCUCUGGUUGCUGCCGUUGCUAUGCGACUGAGGAACUCGAUAAAGCAGGAAUGUGUAUGAGGGAAAACACGCUAGAUGGCGCUGUAAAUAAUACUUUGCAAAUGGCAGCAUUUAACUAUGUGUAUAUAUCUGCUACUGACACCCGAAUGGUCAUAAUACGUUUGCCCUCUUUGGCCAGCGAGCAAUGCAAAAUACUUCCUUGUUUGGGAAGGAAGUGGACAUGAUACGUUCUGGUUGCCGCCAUUUCUCAGCCCCAUCCUGUGCCUUCCGGCACAUUGCGCAUGACAUAAUGGACUGUCUUUCCGGAAGUCUUUCUCAACACCCAUACACGCAAAAGAAGUCGACAACUCCUGAAGCUUUGUUUGAAUUACAUGUAUGCUGAAACUACCGUAACUGUCUGUGAUGAUGUGCUCGUGGUAUAUAUUACCUGUUGCUUUGGUGCUACAUGCAACAGAUGGCUGGGGAGACAACUCUCACUGUGAUAGGUAGCGGACUGUGUUGUCUACCUUUGAUGAAGGACGAUUGCAGUUACCGUGAAGUGUGUGAAUGAUAAGAAGGGAGCAUGCCGUUCGGCUUCGUCUGUCAGUACCAAUAAACGCUUGUGAUUCUAGUACACGUAGAGUGUCGUUUGUGUGUUGAAGCGUUCGAAGAACAAACAUUUGUUACCGGUAUUGAUCAAAUUGGUGCACUGUUCUGACUGUGGUAUUUGCGCUGCCUGUGUAUGAUGUGACCGCAUAGUUGCCGAGUGUUAAUCAUUUACCAGUUAAAACUACCGUUAGCUUGAACCCAGCAUUAUAAUGGCAGCUAUUAUCCAUAUUUCGUUCCGUUUCUAGCGGUACAUGAUGCUUAACUCUUUUACUGGUAAAUCCGUAUCAUCUGGCUGUACAGUGUGCAUACUUGUAGAUCUCGGGGAUGUUAGUGCCAGCAGUAUACACAUACACCGGGCCACGUGACAAUGGCGUUGCCUAGCAACGUCAGUCUUAUUCGACAUCUUAACUCCCAUCUGUGAUUGCUAACGUGUAGAGUCUUCUACUCAUAAAUAACAAGACAAAUAAUGCAAUGUUAUUAUGUUUGCGUCUACUCUUGUUUUUGUUUUGUUUGAAAGCGCGACAUGCUGAUUUGGUAGUUUUAUGCGUGUUGAUAUGUACAUAUUGUUUUUAUUGUAAGAAAUGAUAAACUAUAUGGGUUAUAUACUCAUGCCAACAUACUCCAGGUCGAGGGGUCAGUGUUUCGAUCGCGUUGGACAUGUAUAUACGUCGGAAGAUAACUUGAGAGCAGUGUGUAAUAUUUGACAAUCUUGGCUUGCUCCUCACGAAUCUCUUACUAAUAUUUCUAUGUAAAUGAAGCUUUGUAUAUAACAAAUAAACAUAUAAGAAUA